CUUUUCUAGAUCAACAAAAUGGCUACGACCAUCGUCAAUAAUUUUGAAAUUCCUUCGUGGGCGGGCAAACCUCCGCCAGGUCUUCAUCUUGAUGUCUUGAAAGAUGGGAAAAUGAUUCAAAAACUCAUGAUAGAUGAGAAGAAAUGUUAUUUCUUUGGUCGAAAUAAACAACUCUGCGACUUCUGCAUCGAUCAUGCUUCAAGUUCUAGGGUGCAUGCAGCCUUGGUUUGGCAUAAAUUUCUUGAACGACCAUUCAUCGUUGACCUUGGCAGUACUCAUGGUACAUUUAUUGGGCAGCUGAGAUUAGAACCAAAGAAACCACAGCAAGUCCCCAUAGACAGUUUAAUGCAUUUUGGAGCCUCGACACGAACGUACAUAAUUAGGGAAAGACCUCAUAGCAAAAUUAAUUCUAUGAAUGAUUAUGCUGAGGAUGGAGAAAUUAAUGCUUUACCCGAAACUGAACUCGAAUUAGAUAACCUCACAGAGUUUAAUACCGCCCAUAACCGUCGAAUAGCAACAGUGGCCGACUUACCUGACGCGUCGAAUUCCAGAAGAAGAAAGAGAGCCUCGUCGACGGGGACUCACGUCGUUCAUUUUAAUGAGGAAGAAGUAAUUAUUAAUCCUGAGGACAUAGAUCCAUCAGUCGGCAGAUUCAGGAAUCUCAUUCAGACAACAGUCAUCCCAAAGAGAGCCAAGAUUGAUUUGUCGGGCCUGAGCAGUAUAGCUAAACCUAAUCAGACGACAUCUUCCAACAGCAGAAGACUGUCUGGGGGAGGGAGUGCUCACUACGAUCAUACAGAUGAGGUAACAUCUACGAACAGCUUAGUAUCUAUUGCAGAAAAAUUUGGCCUGCGAGCUCCUAACUCGGCCCCCGACUUAUCUGAGCCAAGCAAUCAACCAAUCACGUCAAACGUCAACAAACAUCACGCGCCUGCUGAUGACGCAAGCAACGAGCCAAAGAAGAAAAAAUAUGUCAAGGAGUCAUGGCCUGGGAAGAAGCCAACGCACGGACACGCCUAUCUUAUUUAAUUUCAUCCAAUUCUUAACAUUUGUUCUUGGUUAAAAUAUGAAAAAUUGAAGAUAAAAUAAUUGUAGUGGGUGUUCUGAAUGUCCAUCCGUGACAAAUAUUAUUAAAAUUUUGUAAAUGUAGAAAUUAAUUAAAUCCAUAUUAUUAAACUGACAGCGAUGUAUCUGUAUGCGUAUAUAUAUAUAUUAUAUAUUUAUAUAUAUCUGUGUAUGUAAUUAACUGUUUUUAUUAGAAUAUUUGUUUAACGCAACAUCAAAUGUGUCAAAAUUUUUUUCUUGUAUGAUGUUUCCUUAUAUAUAUAUAUAUAUGUGUGUGUGAGUGUUCGUAUGUGUGUGUAUGUGUGUGUGUGUCGUAUUUGUGUGUUUUACUAACAUUGUUACAUGUAUAUCUUGAUAGUAUCACAAAUAUAUUAACAUUACUAAUGACCAUUGA